AUAAUUGAAGAAAACGAAGUAAGUGAUAAAAUGAAAUAGCUCCCUUUUCGAAAAGUUUCACGCAAGUUGGGAAAUAUAUAGGCUGAAUUAAAAAAAAUGUACAGUUAACAUUUUUUAAUCCAUUCUUAAAGAUUCACGCGCGCGCUUUCGCUAUUUUUCCUUCAAGUUGUGAACACGUGUCGUGCUCGAGAGUGAAAAAGUGGACGGAAAGCGAAACUUCGACGGGGCGAAAAAACGAUCUCGGAAUCGGGAACAGUGAAAAAUGUAGGUAAAGAACGACAAGAGGCGACUUGGAGGGACGUGGAGUCCUGCGGACGUUAUUCUGGGGAAUCGCCGUGGCCCGGCGUAGCCUCUGAUCUCUUAUUAUAGUAUCGUUCCAGUACCAAGAUGCUGGACAUAUUUCGCGGUCUGAAGAGUCUCAUAAAAAUCUCGCACAUCCAUAUCGACAGCGCCGUCUUCCGCUUGCAUUACAGCCUGACUGUGAUCCUGCUGAUAGCGUUCUCCCUGAUUGUCACAACCCGUCAGUACGUCGGCAAUCCUAUCGACUGUAUACAUAGCAAGGACCUGCCCGAAGAUGUUCUGAACACUUACUGCUGGAUACACAGCACUUACACGAUAACCGCGGCGUACCGUAAAAGAGAAGGUUUGGAAGUGCCCUUUCCCGGCGUCGACAAUUCCAAAUCGUAUUCCGAAUCUGAGCGAAAGGAGUACAAAUACUAUCAGUGGGUCUGCUUCAUGCUGUUCCUGCAGGCGAUCCUCUUCUAUACCCCGCGCUGGCUCUGGAAGGGCUGGGAGGGUGGCAAGAUUCAUGCCCUUAUGAUGGAUCUCGACAUCGGGCUCUGCUCCGAAGUGGAGAAAAAGCAAAAGAAGAAAAUGCUGCUCGACUACCUCUGGGAGAACCUUCGCUUUCACAAUUGGUGGGCUUACAGGUACUACCUAUGCGAGGUCCUCGCGCUCCUAAAUGUGAUCGGUCAGAUGUUUCUGAUGAACCGUUUCUUCGACGGCGCCUUCUUGACCUUUGGCAUCGACGUACUUAGAUUCCUCGAAUCCGAUCAAGAAGACCGAGUGGACCCAAUGAUUUAUGUCUUUCCACGAAUGACCAAAUGCACCUUUUACAAGUACGGCGUCAGCGGAGAAGUCGAGAGACAUGACGCCGUCUGUAUACUGCCUCUGAAUGUCGUGAACGAGAAGAUCUAUGUCUUUCUGUGGUUCUGGUUCCUUUUCCUCGGCGUGCUCAGUUUCUUUACGGUUUUAUAUAGGAUCCUAAUAAUAUUUUCGCCGCGCACGAGGGUCUAUCUGUUGCGAAUGAGGUUUCGUUUGGUACGAAGGGACGCCGUAGAGACCAUAGUGCGUCGCAGUAAGGUCGGUGAUUGGUUUCUUCUCUACAUGCUGGGCGAAAAUUUGGACACCGUGAUAUACAGAGACGUGAUGCACGAAUUGGCGAACAAGCUCGCCUCGAGGCAUCACCACGGCGUACCGGGAGUGAAGGGCGAGCUUCAAGAAGCCUGAUCGAGGUUGCCUCGGAGGGACGGUACGUUCGAUUCGCCGCUGCCGCAGUCCUGCCCUCGCUCAUCUGCAUCGCGCGGUCGUCGUCGCGUCCGGGGACGACAUGGGACGUGCGAUCGCAGUCGGAGCCUCAGAAGACUAGCUGAUGGAUCUUCCUCGGGGAUCCGCGGGUCUGGUCUCGCAAAGAGACGCGUUUUUCCCUUCCGCCGAUUGUUGCUCGUCGAACUCGAGGCGAUGCGACAGCGAUAGUCGCGCGAAGUUGCGUUCGUGGAGAUCACAAUUUCUGGUGAGAAAGAGAGAGAAAGAGAGAGAGAGAGAGAGAGAGAGAGAGAGAGACGCGCUUUCGCUAGUCAUCCUCAAGAAUCUAACAUAGUUUUGGCGAGUUCAACGAUCUCGACGCUGCAAGCACAAACGAGAAUAUUUAUAUA